UGCUACUCAGUCUCUCUUUCUCUCUCUCUCAUGCUCUUGUCCACGCUAUUUUUGUUGUGAAAUAUAUAAAAAAUGGAGCAUGACUUCCCAUAACUUAGCUCAUUUUGAUCCAAAGUAGCUAGUGACCUUGGAGGUGGAAGUGGGUGUUUCAGUGGAAUGGAGAAGCCGGACUUCAUCAAAUAUGGAGUUCAGAAACUGCCCCCCGGUUUUAGAUUCCACCCAACUGAUGAGGAGCUUGUGGUACACUACCUCACUAGGAAGGCCUUUUCUUUCCCACUGCCUGCCACUGUCAUUCCUGAGAUUGAUCUCGGCAAGUUCGAUCCUUGGGAUUUACCCGGUGGAAGUGAGGAAGAGCGGUAUUUUUUCAACUUACGAGAAGCAAAAUAUUUGAAUGGUAAAAGGUUCAAAAGAGCAACGAUGUCUGGCUACUGGAAGGCCACAGGAAGGGAUAAACCGAUCAUAGCCUCCCGGUGCAACCAGCUUGUGGGGUGGAAGAAGGAUUUAGUCUUCUAUAGGGGAAAGCCCCCACAUGCAUCCCCAACUGAUUGGAUCAUGCAUGAGUACCGCCUUGCUGCUACUGAAACCAGUGCCUCUGGCUUCUCCCAAAGAAAAUUCUCAGCCCAUAGUUCCAUGGCUCACACCAAAGAAUGGGUGGUGUGCCGGAUUUUUCGGAAGAGAAGAGCAACUAGGAUGGAUGCAGAGAUCACACCAUACUACAACUACAGCCGAAUUCGAAGUAACAUUGAGCACAUAGAUCCUGAUGCUUCUGUAUCUUCUUCUUCGUCUUCUUCAAGCUGUGUGACAGAUCUUUCAGAGGAUGGAGAGGAAGGUAGCAGCAAUAGCAUGGCUUCAUCUCCAAAUGGAAGAGAGGUGUAGAAUGGUUUUCUCCAGUGUAUCAGAACUUUCGUUUCAGAAAAAUCCAACUCGAAUAACCUUGGUGCUGAACUCUAGCACCUGUAGCCUGUGAAUCUCUUGUAGUCGCUUUUUUCUAAACCGUUUUACUUUCUUUUAAAAAAAGAAAUUCUUCUGAACAGUUUAGAAUUAAGUGAAAUCUGAGGAAAAACAAGCUCUUAUUAGCACUUUAUCAUA